AGAGCUGACUGGGUUCAAUUUACUUGAAUGAGAGCCGCUGUCUCCGGAUUCAGCCGGCCUGAUGGUCGUGGCCCCUCCUCGUGGGAAGGGGCUCCAGGCAGCCGCGGGAGCGCUUGGACACGCAGCCACAUCUUGUGUGAAUAAGAUGACGCAAGUCAGAAGUCAGCCAUGGGGGCAGUUGCCCAGCAAGGUGGAUCUGUGGACGCUCCAGUCCUCUCAAGUGAAAGUGGAGCUCCUCACACUGGGGGCGAUCAUUAGGUCUGUUUGUAGUAAGGGCAGAGACGGUCAGAUGGAGGAUGUUGUCUUGGGUUAUGAUGACCUGGAAGGUUACGUGUCAGACAAGCGGUGCUUUGGAGCUGUGGUCGGCCGUGUCGCCAACAGGAUUGCUCAAGGACGUUUUGUAGUCGAGGGAAAAACAUACCAAUUAGAUAUCAACAAUGGACCUCAUGCUCUGCAUGGAGGCCUCCGUGGCUUCAAUAAGGCAAUUUGGAUUGCUACAGCAGUGAAAGAUGGUGUGAAAUUGUGUCUUACCAGCCCAGAUGGAGACCAGGGCUACCCUGGAACGUUGCUGGUCUCUGUUACCUACACACUGCAGGGGGAAACACUAACUGCAGAGUAUCAAGCCCAGUCUUCUAAAACAACGCCAAUCAAUCUCACCAACCACUCCUAUUUCAACCUUGCUGGAAAGGCUGCAGAUAAUAUCUACGACCAUGAAGUGUCCAUCAUUGCUCAUUCUUACUUGCCAGUGGAUGGCACAUCUAUUCCCACAGGUGAAAUCAAAGUUGUGGAUGGCUCACCCUUUGACCUCAGGCAAGCUGUUCUGAUUGGCCCUCUGCUAAAGAAAGUUCCAGGUGGGGGAUUUGACCACAACUUUUGUCUGUCGUCACCUGGAGAGCCAUGGACUGAGCGGGUUGCUGCUAGGGUUUCUCACUCAGCCAGCGGUCGCAUUUUAGAGGUUUCAACCAGCCAACCAGGAAUCCAAUUCUACACAGCUAACGUCUUGGAUGGCUCUAUCAUCGGUAAAGGUGGAGUUCAAUAUGGGAAACACUGCUCUUUCUGUUUGGAGACACAGAAUUGGCCGAAUGCUGUCAACCAGGCUUCAUUUCCUGGCUGCCUUCUUCAUCCUGGCGAGGAAUAUCGACACGUGACUCGUUACACAUUCACUUGUACUGACUGAGUUGGUUGAUGCUUCACAGAUUGUUUGAUCCCUGCGAUAACUAUGUUCAUCGACACGAGGCCUGGAAGUAUAUCUUAUGUACAUUCCAUUUAAUGACUUUUUUGUAUGCAUAUGAUUUGCCAAUCCCUGAAAUAUUCUGUCAAUUUGUAUCGCAUUGUUUUGUGUGCAACUCUUCACUAAAGAGUGUUUAACAUCUUCA